AUGAUGGGCUCCGUGCUCCCGGCUGAGGCCCUGGUGCUCAAGACCGGGCUGAAGGCGCCGGGGCUGGCGUUAGCCGAGGUCAUCACCUCCGACAUCCUGCACAGCUUCCUGUACGGCCGCUGGCGCAACGUGCUGGGCGAGCAGCUCUUCGAGGACAAGAGCCACCACGCCAGCCCCAAGACGGCCUUCACCGCCGAGGUCCUGGCGCAGUCCUUCUCCGGCGAGGUGCAGAAGCUGUCCAGCCUGGUGCUUCCGGCCGAGGUGAUCAUCGCGCAGAGUUCCAUCCCCGGCGAGGGCCUCGGCAUCUUCUCUAAGACGUGGAUCAAGGCGGGCACCGAGAUGGGCCCCUUCACAGGCCGCGUCAUCGCCCCGGAGCAUGUGGACAUCUGCAAGAACAACAACCUUAUGUGGGAGGUGUUCAAUGAGGAUGGCACAGUGCGCUACUUCAUUGAUGCCAGCCAGGAGGACCACCGGAGCUGGAUGACCUACAUCAAGUGUGCACGCAACGAGCAGGAACAGAACCUGGAGGUGGUCCAGAUCGGCACCAGCAUCUUCUAUAAGGCCAUCGAGAUGAUCCCUCCUGACCAGGAGUUGCUGGUGUGGUAUGGGAACUCGCACAACACCUUCCUGGGGAUCCCCGGUGUGCCUGGGCUAGAGGAGGAGCAGAAAAAGAACAAGCAUGAGGACUUCCACCCGGCGGACUCGGCCGCGGGCACUGCGGGCCGCAUGCGCUGCGUCAUCUGCCACCGCGGCUUCAACUCGCGCAGCAACCUGCGCUCGCACAUGCGCAUCCACACGCUGGACAAGCCCUUCGUGUGCCGCUUCUGCAACCGUCGCUUCAGCCAGUCGUCCACGCUGCGCAACCACGUGCGCCUGCACACGGGCGAGCGCCCCUACAAGUGCCAGGUGUGCCAGAGCGCCUACUCGCAGCUGGCUGGCCUGCGCGCCCACCAGAAGAGCGCGCGCCACCGGCCGCCCAGCGCCGCGCUGCAGGCGCACUCGCCCGCACUGCCCGCGCCGCACGCACCCGCGCUCGCCGCCGCCGCCGCGCACCACCUGCCCGCCAUGGUGCUGUGA